AUGGAGGAGUUAUACGAUGAAGAAUACACAUUUGAUGAUGAUGGAUUAACAAUACUUACAUCGAAAGAUUUUAAAGAAAAAAAACUUGAAUUAACUGUUGAAGGAAAAGAAUAUGUAUUCGAAAAUAUUCUGAUAUCAUAUGCUAUUUGUAGUAAUUUGGCAGAUGAAAAUAUAGAUUAUCGUGCGGGUGAUGAAAAUAGUUAUUCAACUAUAUUUCGCGUUUCAAAGGAUCCUUCUGACUUAAUAAACGACUUUUAUAAAAGGCGACGAUUAAGUCCGUUUGCUCAAAAAUUUAGGAGUUGGAUUGUCGCUGACAAAGACGAAAGACGUGCGAAAGAUAAAGACGAAAGACGUAAGAAAGAUAAAGACGAAAGACAUGCGAAAGAUAAAGACGAAAGACUUGUGAAAGAUAGAGGCGAAAGACUUGCGAAAGAUAAAGACGAAAGACUUGUGAAAGAUAAAGACGAAAGACGUGCGAAAGAUAAAGACGAAAGACGUGCGAAAGAUAAAGACGAAAGACGUGCGAAAGAUAGAGGCGAAAGACUUGCGAAAGAUAGAGGCGAAGGGCUUGCGAAAGAUAAAGACGAAAGACUUGCGAAAGAUAAAGACGAAAGACUUGCGAAAGAUAAAGACGAAAGACGUGCGAAAGAUAAAGACGAAAGACUUGCGAAAGAUAAAGACGAAAGACGUGCGAAAGAUAAAGACGAAAGACGUGCGAAAGAUAGAGCGAAGGGCUUGCGAAAGAUAAAGACGAAAGACUUGCGAAAGAUAGAGGCGAAGGGCUUGCGAAAGAUAAAGACGAAAGACUUGCGAAAGAUAGAGGCGAAGGGCUUGCGAAAGAUAAAGACUCAUCUCAAAGGUAGCACGACGGCAGGUUAUCCAAUCCCGUACAAAAGUACAAAAGAUUGAGAUGAUUAGAGAAGGAAAACGAAGGAAUCCGGAGAAUGUACAUGGAGGUGUUCUAGUUGUUUAUAAAUCGACAUUAGAUGAUCCUAAAGGAGAUAUAUAUUGCACUAAUAGAGGGAUUAGAAGUACGAAUACUGUUUUAACUAUUUGUGAACAGCGAAAAAAGAUGACUACUUCAUUUUAUUGCAAAAGACGGAUUUUGGAUGAUGGAAUUCACAGUGUUCCUUUGGAUAUAUAAUGGAGACUUCAACAAAUGUCACAGUGUUACUUUGGAUAUAUAAUGAAGACUUUAAAAAUCACAGAUUGGAAUUUUUAAGAAAACGCAAAAAUAUAACUCUCAGUAUUCAAUUUAACGUUCUAACUGGUUGUGUUUUGUUGAAAGAACGUGACUUUAACGUGGAAUUGCAGUUGGAGGAAACACAUUUUAAAGAACGAGAAUUGUCGAUUUCGAUAGCAAAAAAGAUCUUUAAAGAAAGUAAAAUAGCUGAAAAAUCGCGGCUUGUUAUUCAAAAGACAAAUGAAAAAUAUUUAUACGGGGGAUUGCAGUGUGUCAGCAAAUAGAUUAAAAGAUCAAAAUCGAGUGCUUGAAUCCGAAUGCUUUCAAAAGUUUACUGAACUAUCUAGAUCAAGAAGGUGAUAUAAUGUCACAAUAUUUGCCAUUAUCGAUAUCAAGCAAUAAUCAAGCUUAGAUUUUAAAAGAAUUACCAGGAGGUCCGAAUGAAGCACUACAAGCUUACAUGCAUAAACUUUCAGACGAACAAUUUGGUAAUGGGAAAAAAAUUUCUGAAGAUGAAAUGCCACGAUUGAAAAAUUAUAACCUUUUAACAAAAAAGAUAAAAAGUAAACCGACGGAAAAAGUUAUACCUGACGUGAAUCUAGCAAAGAAACUCAUAACGAAGACUUUGAUGAUAACGACUGCGAUUACGAUAGUGACAGUCCACUACAAGAAGUGAUGAAAACACCGAAAAAUCUCCUUAUCCUGAAACAAAAUUGAAAGCGCCGAAAAAAUUCCGAAAAGAAAACAUGCAAUAAUAAGUGAUGAAGAAGACGGAGAUGAAGAGUAUGAGCCGAAACCUAAGUCAAGAAAAACCCUUUUGAAACAAAUUUAAUAAAAACUUGCUUUUCCAAAAAAGUGAUAUUGAUGACUAAGCAUUAAACUACUUUAGUAUAUAAUUGGUUAGUUUAUAUAUUUAAUAAAACAGUUAUAUACAUUUUAUUUUUAUUUAACUAUAUAAACGUAGUUUUUUUAACCUUUAGUAAUUCUGAAAUGGAUGAAUAUAAACGCAUUACCAAUCGCGCUUUACUUGAAUAUCAAUUGUUUAAAAUAAAACAAAACAUACAAAGAAAACGAAAAAGAAAGGUAAUAAAUAAGGAUGAAAUUCAUAAUGUCAAAAAAGUAAACCAAACCAAUACUAAUUACUCUUAUUAUGAAAAUUUUUAGAUGAAACAACAUUUAGAAACUUAGAGACAGACGACGAAGACGAAACCCCACAAACCAACACCAUUGUUGAAAUUGCUACAGAAGAAAAAUUUAACUCAAUUUUAAAGACGAAGACUAUUAAAGAAUUAUUUCAUUCCAUUAAAAUAGACGCCUACAACUUUAAUGGCAAAGAAUAUUUUGUUUAAAAGAUGGUGAACAUUGUUUUGUAAUGAAAAAAGAAUUUUCAUUAAAAAAGCAAAUUUCUUAUACUUCUUAAAGGAUAUCCCCCAGUUCUGUGGGAAAACCUAAGACUUGAAAAAAUGGAGGCUGAAAAAUGUAGGCUGAAAAAUGGCGGCUGCAAAAACGGCUGAAAAUUCUAGCAAUGACGAUGAAGAAUUUGAUUAUGAUGAUUGUGAAUAUUCUAAGCAUAAUUAUUACCAUCAAUCUCACAUGUAUAUGGAUACUUUAGAAGAAGGCUAUAACGAUGAUGAAGAUUGAGAUCCUGAAGAUUUAGUAUUAGGUGAAGACAUAGACGAGUAUCUUGAUUACCACAAAAAAUAUCUUAAACCGAUGAUUGAUUUUUCUUUCUGGUAUUUGGUAUCUCUCUUUUUUCGAUGAGAAAAAGAAGCUUACCUUUUUAACCCUCUUUUUGGUUCAUGUACAUAUGCUUAAACUAUUGGAUUAUGUUGACUAUUUUUUACAGCAUUAGAUUAUGUCGAUAAUUUGUAUUACAAUAAAAUUAUUGAUGAUUAUUAUAUUACGAAAUUAACGUUUAUAAUCGAAAAUUUUUUUGUAUAUAUCUUAAUUGUAGAAUUGUGUUAUGUAAUCCAUUAGAUUUUUUAGCUUUUCUUUUUUAAUAGACGCGAGACAUCUUUGUUUUUUCUCAUAUCAAGAAUAUAAUCGAAAAAAAGAUACUAUUUUUUCUUCUUCAAACCUGCAUAGUACUCAUACAGAAUUUCAAAUAACAUCAUUUUAACUAUAUAUCAAUAUGAGUUUUUACUUCAUAUUUAAAAAACUUGACAUGAUUUUCAUUUGAAUAACUGUGUAAAUGAAUAUUCAAAACUUUCUCGAACAAAGUAUCACCAACAGCUUCUCGAACCCAAGAUAUUUCAGGACGCUCACAACAAUUAUUCUUUUUGAAAAACUUGACAUCAUCUGAAUAAACUGAAAUUACUUUAUUGCCAAGACAAAAACUGGACAUUUGAAACUCUAUGUGCAAAAAUCGAUCGUAAGCCAGCAUUUUUCUCGUAGCAGUAGCCAACUUAUUUGCUUCUUCCGAAUUAGAAACUUCAACAUCAAAUCUUUUUAUAGAUAUUGCUUCAUCAAAACAAAAAUGUAAAACAAAAACAAAAAACAGCAAAACUGUGUAAAUAUUGAAGAAAUACAUCAAUGUUUUCGUUAGGAAUGAUAAAAAAUAUACAGUGAUUAUUCUAAAAUAGAACUA